UGCAUUGGCCAGACUUGAGAGAGGGAGCUAGAAAGAGACAGGCAGAGCGAGAGGGGGCGAAAAGUGUCAUUGAGGCGAAGGGAUCGCCUCCCAAUCAACAAUAACUUGUUAGCAAGAGUCAAUUACCUCGCCUCUGCCUCUCGCCGUCUUUUUUUCUCCCCCCAGCCCGAGGAAAAGAGGCUCUCCGGCGCCUCUCGCUCUCCCCUCGCUCUGGAGGAGCCCCCCCUCCGGAUUUCGCUGGGGGAAGAGGGCGAGCUGGGGGGGCGAAAGACAGAUCUGGGACGAUUUGGGGGGUGUCUCCUAAAAUAGCAGCUGGGAAGAGAAGCGAGAGGCGAGAGAAAUAAAGUGGGACAGGAGCGCCUCGGCCACCUCUUUCCCAGCCAGGACUGCGGACCCUGCCUGGCCGUCCAAGGACGGCUUCCCACCGCCCUCCUUGGCCCCGUCCUCCCUCUUCUCUCUCCAGGGCCAGCAGACCUGCCUCCUGGUGGAGUUGAGGACCUGAAGUUUCGGGGAGUCUUUUUGGAGGGGGGUGUUCUGUUUUAAAUUUUUUCCUCGGUUUCUUUUUUGGCUCCCCGCCUCCUUAUCGGUUGCUCUGCGUUGGCGACUGCAGAAAAGCGAGGGAGGUCAUUUCAGGCAAAGAGCGAGAGUAGGAAGGGGGCACAGGGGGUGCUGCGGUGGGGAAGGAGCCGGAAUCCCCGACGCCCGCCAAGCAUGACUUCCAAAGACGACGGCAAAGCCGCCUCGGUGGAGGAGCGCCGGAGAAGCCCGCUGGACCACUUGCCUCCGCCGGCCAACUCCAACAAGCCCCUGACGCCCUUCAGCAUCGAGGACAUCCUCAACAAGCCCUCUGUGCGGAGAAGUUACACCAUCUGCGGGACUGCCCACCUGCUCUCGGCCGCCGAGAAGCACCCUCCGGCCGCCCUUCCCCUUUCCAGUCGGGCGCUGCUCUCGCAAACGUCGCCUCUGUGCGCCCUCGAGGAGCUGGCCAGCAAGACCUUCAAGGGGCUCGAAGUCAGCGUCCUGCAAGCCGCCGAAGGAAGGGAUGGGAUGACUAUAUUUGGCCAGAGGCAGACCCCCAAGAAAAGGAGGAAGUCUAGGACGGCCUUUACAAACCACCAAAUCUACGAACUGGAAAAGCGUUUUUUGUACCAGAAAUACUUGUCCCCCGCGGACCGAGACCAGAUAGCGCAGCAGCUGGGCUUGACCAAUGCGCAGGUGAUAACGUGGUUUCAGAAUCGCAGGGCCAAGCUCAAGCGGGACCUGGAAGAGAUGAAAGCAGACGUGGAGUCUGCCAAGAAACUGGGACCCAGCACCCAGGUGGAUCUGGUAGCCAUUGCCGAGCUGGAGUCGACCCCCGAAGGGAGAGCGAAGUCGCGCUCCCUUUCGCCUGCCCUCCCCAAACAUGGACUGGAAGGCAGCAACAGCCACCUCCAGCUCUCCCCCGGCUCUCCUCUCACGGACCAGCCGGGCAGCAGCAAGGACUGCUCGGAAGACGAAGACGUGGAAAUUGACGUGGAUGACUGAGGGGUGGUGGUGGUGGUUGCUUCUUCUUCUUCUUCCUCCUCCUCCUCCUCCUCCUCUUCCUCCCCCUCUUCUCUCCCGCCCUUCUUUUGCCCCGCAAACAAAAACAAACGAAGAAAUUGACAAAUCUCUUCCUCCCCGCCUUCCUUCUCCUCGCGCUCCCUUCCACCAAGACACAAGGAGAAAAAGUGUCCGCUCCUGCGCCCUCCUCAUCACCCGGGGAUAAAAAUAAAAAAUAAACAGAACAGAACAAAAAACAAAAACAAAACCCACGCCGGACUUUAGGGGGAACUGCAAAUCAGCUUCCUUGGCGACUCAGUAAAGGCGGUUUCUUUUCAACAAAAGCAAUAAGCAAUAUGAAAGAAUCACAAUUAUUGUUAAUUAUUAUUAUUAAAGUAGGAAACAAUAUCCCAACGGCUGCCAAACCAGGUAGCUAUCACUUUUUUUUUUUUGGAACGGUGCAAUUAUGGAUAGCUUCUGUAUAAAUAUUUAAGCAUAUCUAUUGGGUAUUUUCUUUUUUUUAGGGUUUGCCUUUUUUAAAAAAAGAAUAAUAAUAACGAUAUACUUUUUGUUGUUUAUAAAAUAACUCUUAACCUUGGAGUAAAUGCCACCUCUUUGAUGCUUGGUUAGACGGUUUUUUUGAAAGGUUUUCAAAAUUCACUUUAUGUGAGAAUUAAGUUAAACCGUGGUUCCCUUUGCUUGCAUGCUCCCUAUAUGCACGAUUCUUCCCCACCCACUUUUCUUUGGCUUUUUUGUUUGGUUGUUUAAUUCUCAAUUAUUAUUUUUUUCUUUCUGGGAUAUCGUGGGGGUUUGGGUUCUAUCGCAAGUUUAAAAUAUAUACUUUCUUUCCCACCCCCAGCACCUAGGACUUGGUCUCCAAUGAGAUUUCUGCCUCGUUUUACCAAUUAAAAGCUAUUUUUACCAUUUACUGCUAUUGUUGUGCUUUUAUUAAAAAGGGAAAAAGGAAAGCUACCUUUCGUAUUUUUAUAUGAAGGUAGUUUUAAGAAAAGAAUCUAGACUUAUUUUUUACUCUUUUUUAGAAUUCUUUUGCAUGCUACCGAAAUAAUAAGACUAAUACCGCUGCUCAAAAUGAUAAUAUCAACAAUAAUGAAGAACAGAUCCAGCCAUCAACAGAUGGGAAUAUUAACGCUAUAAAUACAAUUGUACAGGUUUGAAAUGUUUUUCUUUGAUCUGUAAAAAUAAUUUUUUAAGGCCUGCUUAUUUAAGUUACAACAGGGACGAUGUUGCUUUAUAUCUUGUCUCUCAGAGUUGUACAGACAAGUCUUUUUCCGACACAAUAAAACCUUUACAAUUUUAA